GAAGAGUUGAGUAUACGUUGACACCGGUUAUAUCAAACCGGUUCAUGUUUCAAAUGGAUAAUCUUCUCUGCGAAGAGUCAUGGCCCGCGAGUCCUCUAACUCCGGAGGCUUUACCAAACUCAAGCCACAGUACUCACAACGACCGCAAUAACGUAAUGCCGAUGUAUCCGGAGAUAGACGAUGCGACAAUGGAAGAAGCCAUUUCUGUGGACUUGGAGAAAGAGUUAUGUUUCAGUAAUCAUGGAGACAAGUUUACUGACUUCUUCGUCUCGAAGGGGUUAACCGAAUUUAGGUUUCAAGCGGUUCAAUGGCUACUUCAGACACAGAGUCGGCUAAAUCUUUCCUUUGAAACUGUUUUUUCCGCCGCAAAUUGUUUUGAUCGGUUCGUUUAUUUGACUAGCUGCGACGAAUGGACUAAUUGGAUGGUAGAGCUAGUUGCCUUAACCUCACUAUCGAUCGCAUCAAAGUUCAACGAUGUUACCAGUCCGUAUCUUCAAGAACUUCAGAUGGAUGGUCUAAAUCAUAUGUUUCAUCAGAACACUGUUUUGAAGAUGGAACUCAUAAUGCUGAAAGCUCUCGACUGGCGUGUCAACUCUGUUACCAUUUACUCCUUUUCUCAAACCCUUGUGUCCAAAAUCGGUGUGAUAGGCGAUCAUAUGCUGAUAAAUCGAAUAACAAAUCAUCUUCUUGAUGAUUUAUGCGAUUUGAAGAUGUUGCAAUUUCCACCAAGCGUUGUGGCAGCUGCGGCUAUGUGUAAUGUCGUUGAAGAGAAUGGGCUCCGAGGAAAGAUAAUGGAUCUUUUUACACUAGAGCAGAAGAACAAUAUCGUGAAAUGUGUUGACAUGAUGAAAUCACGUAGCAUCGAUCGGUCGAGAAGGAAAACUUUUGAAGUGAAGAGUUUUCUGAGUUUGUUGCAAAGUGUAGAUGUGAAGGAUGAUUAUUACGUUGAAGAUCUAUCUGCCAUUUUCAAAAUUUUACGAUCGGAUAACAAGAAGAGAGAAAGAGAAAACAACCAUUUCAAUUUUCGUCCGGCAAAAAGAGUGUCAAUAUGAAUGUCAAAACCACAUGUAGCAUUCUUCUUUUGUUUUUUGUAUUGAUCACAAGUCUAUCUUUAGUUGCUCAUACACAAUUAUUAAUCCCAAUUGUAAUGUAAUGUUGAAUAAUAUAC